AUGGCGACCAAUGAUUUGUGGGCCGGGAUUGGAUCAGCUCUGGCGUUUUUAAUUACCCUCACCACCAUGGCAAUGAACCAAUCCAGGAUCAAAUUGUUGAUCAACAAGAUCAGCGCCUACCUCAACCCAUACAUACAAAUCACCAUCCCUGAGUACGGCGCCGAGAGUUUCAAACGCAGCGACUUCUUCGUUGCGAUCGAGGCCUACCUCUCCGACUUGUGUCAUCAAGAUGGUCGGGUGCGCAAGCUGAAGGCCGAGCUCGAGAGCGACAUGCAGAAGCCCCAAGUUUCAGUUGACGACGAUCAAGAGAUCGUUGAUACCUUCAAAGGUGCCACGCUCUGGUGGUACGCCGACACAGAACUCCCGAAGACCACUGUCAUCACCUACCGCGCUGGUGAUGAGAAGCGCCGCUUCUACCGAGUUGCCUUCCAUAAAAGGUUCCACAAACACAUCGUGAAUGACUACCUGCCCUAUAUCAUAAAAAAUGGCCGUGACGUCAUCGCCAAGAACCGCCAGCACCGCCUCUUCACCAACAACGCAAGCAGCCAAUGGAGCUCCUACGACAGAGAAAAGAGCCUCUGGAGCCACGUGGAGUUCCGGCACCCGGCGAAGUUUGACAUGCUCGCUAUGGACCCCGCCAAAAAGGAGGAGAUCAAGGAUGAUCUCAAUGCCUUCAAGAUGGGAAAGGAUUACUAUGCCAAGGUCGGCAAGGCAUGGAAGCGUGGAUACCUGCUGUUUGGGCCCCCAGGCACCGGUAAGUCCAUGAUGAUCGCCGCCAUGGCCAACUUCAUGAACUACGACAUCUAUGACAUGGAGCUCACGGUGGUGAAGAACAACACGGAGCUGCGGAAGCUCUUCAUCGAGACCAAGGGAAAGUCCAUCAUCGUCGUCGAGGACAUUGACUGCUCCGUCGACCUCACCGGCAAGCGCAGGGACAAGAAGAAGGCCCCCAAGAAGUCCGGCGACCAGAGCGACAUGCUACAGGAAGAGGAUGAGAAGAUGGACGACGAAGACAGCAAGCUGACCCUUUCUGGGGUGCUCAACUUCAUUGACGGGCUAUGGUCGGCGUGCGGCGAAGAGCGCAUCAUCAUCUUCACCACCAACUACAAGGACAAGCUGGACCAAGCGCUGAUCCGGCCAGGCAGGAUGGACAUGCACAUCGAGAUGUCCUACUGUCGCUACGAGGCAUUCAAGGUGCUGGCCCAUAACUACCUGAACAUCAGCGACAUCAGGGACUCUCAGUUUUUCCAGCUGUUCAGUGAGAUACAGGGGCUGCUGGAUCAGGUUGACAUGUCCCCGGCGGACGUUGCCGAGCACCUGAUACAAACGGAGAAGAAGGAUGCCGGCGCGUGCUUGCAGGCUCUCAUCCGAGAUCUGGAAAUUUUAAAAGCCAAGAAUAACUCAGCAGCAGAUUGUCAUCCACAGGAUCCAACUUCGAUAGUGGUACCAGAUUUAAACCCUACGGUGAUGCCGGAUUUAGACCCGACAGUGAUCAAUAUAUUUGAGGUAGCAAGGGACAGUACAUUGGAAUCAUAA